UCCAUCCUCACCCCGCAAAAAAAGGUCUGGAAUUUUCUAGGAAUAUUUGCCUUUUGUAUUUCCAUCAGUGUUAGCAGCAUUCUCUCAGGAAUAUUCCACCCCAUAGUCCCCAGAUUUCAUACCCAGUUAGUGAUGAGGCUAAUUAUCCCGAUCUCUAGUUUCCUCUACCUGCCCACCAGCAGAUUUAAACCCCUGUACUGUGGCGUGUACUUUACCCACUCCAAAAUCUUAGGGUUUAACUUCUCUUGCCUUCUAGAAAAUGAACCACUUUGUUCCUUCAGUCAUUUACUCACUAAUAAGUUGUUGAGAGGCUUUGUUUUGUGGAGCAUGAAGGAUCUGACAUAGUAACUCCUACCAGCAGUGCUGGUCUUCACAAUACAUGCAGCUGAUUAAAGUUCCUGGUUUAUACCACCUACUUCCCUGGUAAGAACUUCAUUCCUUCAACCAAUACUUUUCAUUUGAAAACAUCUGAUUAUGAAAGCCUUCAAUCUUUUAGGCAUCUGCAUCUUGUAAAAUAAAUAUGGUUCCAAAGAGCCUGUCUUCUCAACAAAUCCUUGGUUAGAGCCUGGAUGAAACAGUUAUUACAAAAUCAACUAGAGAGAAAAAACUCUUCAUCUAACACUAGUCUUUCUAUUCUGCGAGGUGAAAUCCUUUGACCUAGAUUCUCUCCCUUGAAAGGCAAGUGACAGUAGGUGAGCCUAAGAAAAUUGGUUAAAUCUUGAUCUAAAACGUUAAAUUCAUGAACCACACUGAUUUGAUUACCCUGAAAACCUACCAGAGAGAAAGUUCUCCCUUUUAUCCACCUUCAUUGUUACCUUCAGAGCAGCUCUCUCCAUAGCAACAGAAAACUUCUCUGGGCUGAAAUAAUCCUCUCUAGCUCCCAGUGCACAGUCAAAGAAUUUUAAAAACAGGGAACUUUGUAACUGUGAAAUACUCUCCAAGAUUUAAAGGGCUGUGGAGCUCCAGAUAAAGAAUCGUUUAUCUUUCUUCUGAAGAAAUUCCUUUGGUUACAAGUUUACCCUGUAAACGGCAACACACUCAUCUCCAUCCAAGACAGACUCAAGGUGGAGGAAGUGUGGAAAUGUGCUUCUGGACAAAGCUUUCAGUACCCUGGGUGCCGCUGUUUCUUCUACUGGGCCUUGUUUUUUCCACUGAGACAGACAAACUCUCAACCCAAGACAGCAGAGGUCGUGGGAGUUCAGGCCAAUUGGCAGACCUACUGCAGGUUCUCUCUGCUGGUGACCACAUACCCCACAGCCACUCAAGAAGCCUCAUCAAAACAUUGUUGGAGAAAACUGGGUGUCCACGGAGGAGAAACGGAAUGCAAGGAGAUUGCAAUCUGUGCUUUGAACCAGAUGCACUGUUACUAAUAGCCGGAGGAAAUGCUGAAGAUCAGCUUAGAGAAGAAGUGGUCCAGAGAGUUUCUCUUCUCCUUCUCUAUUACAUUAUUCACCAGGAAGAGAUCUGUUCUUCAAAGCUCAGCAUGAGCAAUAAAGAGUAUAAAUUUUACCUACAUAGUCUACUGAGCCUCAGGCAGGAUGAAGACUCCUCUUUCCUUUCACAGAAUGAGACAGAAGAUAUCUUGGCUUUCACCAGGAAGUACUUUGACACUUCUCAAAGCCAGUGUAUGGAAACUAAAACACUACAGAAAAAUUCUGGAAUAGUGAGCAGCGAAGGUGCUAAUGAAAAUACGCUUCCACAGUUGGCAGCCACCAUCAUUGCUUUGUCCCUCCAGGGCGUCUGUCUGGGACAGGGGAACUUGCCUUCCCCAGACUACUUCACAGAGUACAUUUUCAGUUCGUUGAAUCGUACGAAUACCCUCCGCCUAUCAGAACUAGACCAACUCCUCAACACUCUCUGGACCAGAAGUACCUGUAUCAAAAAGGAUAAAAUCCAUCAACUUCAAAGGCAACAAAACAAUGCAAUAACCCAUGAUCAGGACUAUUCUAAUUUCUCUUCAUCUUUGGACAAAGAGUCUGAGGGUGGUCCAAUUUCCUGGGAUCAGACUUGCUUCUCUGCUAGGCAGCUGGUGGAGAUAUUUCUACAGAAGGGCCUCUCCUCCAUUUCCAAGGAGGACUUUAAGCAAAUGAGUCCAGGGAUCAUCCAGCAACUCCUCAGCUGCUCCUGCCACUUGCCCAAGGACCAACAAGCAAAGCUGCCACCCACCACUCUGGAGAAAUACGGCUACAGCACCGUGGCUGUCACCCUUCUUACACUGGGCUCCAUGCUGGGGACAGCACUGGUCCUUUUCCAUAGCUGUGAGGAGAACUACAGGCUUAUCUUACAGCUGUUUGUGGGCUUGGCCGUCGGUACACUGUCUGGGGAUGCUCUGCUCCACCUUAUCCCUCAGGUUCUUGGUUUACAUAAGCAGGAAGCCUCAGAAUUUGGGCAUUUCCAUGAAAGCAAAGGUCAUAUUUGGAAACUGUUGGGAUUAAUUGGCGGCAUCCAUGGAUUUUUCUUGAUAGAAAAAUGUUUUAUUCUUCUUGUAUCACCAAAUGACAAGGGCCUGUCAUUGGUUAAUGGGCAUGUGGGACAUUCCCACCAUCUUGCACUCAACUCUGAAUUAAGUGACCAGGCAGGCAGAGGCAAAUCUGCUUCAACUAUCCAGUUGCAAAGCCCGGAAGAUUCACAGGCAGCUGAAAUGCCAAUAGCCAGUAUGACAACCUCCAACAGGAAAUGUAAAGCCAUUAGCUUGUUAGCGAUCAUGAUUCUGGUUGGGGACAGCCUGCAUAAUUUUGCAGAUGGCUUAGCUAUAGGAGCAGCGUUCUCAUCGUCGUCCGAGUCGGGAGUGACCACCACGAUUGCUAUCCUGUGUCAUGAAAUCCCACAUGAAAUGGGAGACUUCGCUGUGCUUUUAAGCUCUGGACUUUCUAUUAAGACUGCCAUUCUGAUGAAUUUUAUAAGCGCUCUGACUGCCUUCAUGGGGUUAUACAUUGGCCUUUCUGUGUCAGCUGAUCCAUGUGUUCAAGACUGGAUCUUCACGGUCACUGCUGGGAUGUUCUUAUAUUUAUCCUUGGUUGAAAUGCUUCCUGAAAUGACUCAUGUUCAAACACAACGACCCUGGAUGAUGUUUCUCCUGCAAAACUUUGGAUUGAUCCUAGGUUGGCUUUCUCUCCUACUCUUGGCUAUAUAUGAGCAAAAUAUUAAAAUUUAAGUUAGGAUCUUCACCAUCUUUCAAAAACGCAUUGGUAUAGUCUCACUUUGUUUCUUUCAUUACACUCUACAAUGAUUUGUCAAUUAAGUGUUUUUUAUCUUAGGCAAAGUGUGUAUCUUUUAAUUCAUUAACUUAUUAAUUUUAUGAUGCAGUUUUAUUUUUGGAAACAGAAAUGUCAGACUGUCCUUGAUUGAAAUCUUGUUUUUGGUUUCCAACACCAUGAUGAAACUCUUGCUUUUUAGGAAGUAGUUCGUAAAUUCUGCAUGAAUUGUAAUAAACUUUAAAAAAUAGAUCGUUUCCCUAAGAAAGAAUGUUCGUAGCAUGUAAAGUAGGCAGAUGCCUGUUGGGAUAAAAUCAGCUGCAACUUCUUUGAUGUUAAUUUUUUUCCCUGUGCAUUUAUAAACUAUAAGCAAAUUAAGUGACAAGCAAAUGUAAUAAAGACUAGUUUUAAUGUGG